AUGGGCAACAAAAGCUUUUCAGAUACUGAGGGAACAGCUACCAUCACAUCUGAGAAGGAGACCCCUUAUCAAAUGUUGGAGAUUUAUACAGUGUGGAACUUCGCUCCCGUCAAGUACAACUCAGCAGCUGCUCCGUCCUCUCUGAACAUGACCAAGACAGUGGAAAAGGAAGAAGAAGCCAAUUUUGCCUCUUUUCAGCGACGCGUGGUAGAAGCUUCCCAAAACGAGUUGGAAGCGCAGAGAAAGUCGUUUGACAAUCAGAUCGCUUGUCUUGAGAAGGAUCUUGUAGCUUCGCGUGAGGAGCAACAAAUCAUGAAGCGAGAACACCAGAAUACCAAGACGGCUCUGGUAAAGGUCACAAACGACCUUGACGGCUUACGCCAAAUGCACAACAAGGGCGUGGAGGAGUUUGGUAACAGAAUGGGCGAAGUUGAACAAGAACUCGCGCAACAAAAGACUGCCUGUAAGGCUGGACUAUUAAAGCAAUUGGACUAUUUACGGCAGCUCGCGCAGGUCAUUGCCGGAGUGGAAGACUCCAGUUCUUCCGAGAAACGUAAGCGGGACAGCGUGCAGGAGGAGAGGGAUGACAAUAAAAGGCAAUGA